UCGCGCGGGUAGGACUCCAGUAUAGUUUCAUAUAACAUCGAGGAGAGAUCAUCAGCAACUCACUACAUCUUUUACCGUGAUUUAAAUGGUGCAAUGAAGCGAUUCUGCGGCGUUAGUUUCACUGUAGCGGCUCGGAUUAUUGGCGUUCUUGAUUUAUCAACGGCGGUACUCGCGAUAAACUUUUUGGCAGAAGAAUUUGCUAGCGACUCAAAACGAGUGUUCGUAUUUGACGAAAUAAGGAUUUUUUUGGGUUUGAAUUGGGCAAGACCGUCAGGAAAUUGCAGGAGCCAUGAACCCGAAUAUACGUGGGUCCUUUUUUGCCUCUUAUUUUAUUCUAUGGUUCACCUGAUGUGCACUGCUACCCUUGUAUUAGCCACGAUUUUCAAAACAAAGAGUCAGGCUCUGCCAUGGCUGACCUUUGAGAUCAUCAACCUGGCAAAUCAAGGUGGAUCGAUAUUCGUACAUAUUGUACAAGACAAGUGCGAAGAUACAAUGCUUGGAAACCACUACACGUGUCUGCCACUGGCAAGUUUCUACCUGAUUCUGGGCGUAUUUUCCUGGAGCAUUGUCUUCGCGGCGCAAAAAUCAUGGCCCAGCGAAUCGACCGGCAUCGUCUUGGGGUCGACCCAGAAUUCCCUCAUAGAAUUACAUUCGGCUAAUUAUAAUUUGCCAAAAAGUCCCUCCGCUCUCGCCAACAAUCGAUCGAUCUUCGAAUCCCCGCAGCCGCCGAUUCCAUCGAAAUAUUACGAAGUUUGAUCUGUUCCAUCGGACGUACUCUUCUGUAUACCUACUUAUCUGUGCCUACUUUAAAUAUAUUUAGAUGAAUAAAUAAAUCUUGCAUUUUUUUCUGGAUAA